GUAGCCAUGUCUGCAUCCGCAGGGGGCCGUGGUCCCACGAACCUGAGCCCCCAGUCUGGGCCCAGCCGGACACCCAUGCCCUCCUGGGGGUCCGGCAAAGAGCAGUGACCAGCCUUCUCUGUGCGUCCUGCCCCCACCUCCCAGAGAAACAGCCCAUCCUGCUACAUCUCUCCCGUAAAGCGAUCAGUGCUUCAGAUGGAGCCCCUCUCCUCUGGAUUGUACAUUACCUGCCAAGUGAAGACCCUUCAGCUUUAGAGGGAGCCUCAGAGGCUGACCCCAGGAGAGCUCAAGGGAUGGCCGCUGACAUGCAGAGGAAGAGAAGCAGCGAAUGCCCUGAUGGCAUGUUGGCUCCUUCUGAUGGGCAGAGUGUGGAGAGGGCUGAGAGUCCCACACCAGGACUGGCCCAGGGAAUGGAGCCAGGUGCCGGGCAGGAGGGUGCCAUGUUCGUCCAUGCCCGUUCCUAUGAGGACCUGACUGAAUCAGAGGACGGGGCGGCUUCUGGGGAGAGCCCCAAGGAGGGUGCUGGGGGUCCCCCACCACUGCCUACAGACAUGCGCCAGAUCAGCCAGGACUUCAGUGAGCUGAGCACCCAGCUGACAGGUGUCGCCCGAGAUCUUCAGGAGGAGAUGCUUCCAGGAAGCUCUGAGGACUGGCCGGAGUCCCCAGGGGCAGCCGGGCGGCCGGCCACAGAACCCCCAAGGGAGGGCACUGGUGAAGGGGAUGAGGAAGAAGCUGCUGAGGCAUGGAGACUGCACCAGAAGCAUGUCUUCGUGCUGAGUGAGGCGGGGAAGCCUGUGUACUCCCGCUAUGGGUCAGAGGAGGCACUUUCCAGCACCAUGGGUGUCAUGGUGGCCCUGGUGUCUUUCCUAGAGGCUGACAAGAAUGCCAUCCGUUCCAUCCAUGCAGAUGGCUACAAGGUAGUAUUCGUGCGCCGGAGCCCGCUGGUGCUUGUGGCGGUGGCCCGCACGCGGCAGUCGGCACAGGAACUGGCGCAAGAGCUGCUCUACAUCUACUACCAGAUCCUGAGCCUUCUUACCGGCGCACAGCUGACCCACAUCUUCCAGCAGAAGCAGAACUACGACCUGCGGCGCCUGCUCUCGGGCUCGGAGCGCAUCACCGAUAACCUGCUGCAGCUCAUGGCAAGAGACCCCAGUUUCCUGAUGGGGGCGGCACGCUGUCUGCCCCUGGCAGCGGCGGUGCGCGACAUCGUGAGCGCCAGCCUGCAGCAGGCGCGUGCGCGCAGCCUCGUCUUCUCCAUUCUGCUAGCGCGCAACCAGCUGGUAGCGCUCGUGCGCCGCAAGGACCAAUUUCUACACCCCAUCGACCUGCACCUGCUCUUCAACCUCAUAAGUUCUUCCUCGUCCUUCCGCGAGGGUGAGGCCUGGACGCCCGUGUGCCUGCCCAAAUUCAACUCAGCUGGUUUCUUCCACGCACACAUCUCUUACCUGGAGCCUGACACGGAUCUUUGCCUGCUGCUCGUCUCCACCGACCGCGAGGACUUCUUUGCAGUUUCCGACUGCCGCCGCCGCUUUCAGGAGCGCCUGCGGAAGCGCGGAGCCCACCUGGCACUGCGGGAGGCACUGCGCACGCCAUACUACAGUGUUGCCCAAGUGGGCAUCCCCGACCUGCGACACUUCCUUUAUAAGUCGAAGAGCUCGGGACUCUUCACCAGCCCUGAGAUUGAGGCCCCGUACACCAGUGAGGAGGAGCAGGAGCGGCUGCUGGGCCUCUACCAGUACCUGCACAGCCGGGCCCACAAUGCCUCCCGCCCACUCAAGACUAUCUACUACACCGGCCCCAACGAAAACCUCCUGGCCUGGGUGACAGGCGCCUUUGAGCUCUACAUGUGCUACAGCCCCCUGGGGACCAAGGCGUCAGCCGUCAGUGCCAUCCAUAAACUGAUGCGCUGGAUCCGCAAAGAAGAAGACCGUCUCUUCAUCCUCACACCCCUCACGUACUGAUAGAAUAUGUGUGGGCUCAGCCCUCCUAGGCACACUGGGCUAUGGAAACUGUGGGAGCCUCCAGGUGGGGCUGGCCUCUCUUGCCCAGGCAGCAGGCAGGGACUGUGGGUUGGUGUGUGCAUUAAAGUGCUCUGGGGAAGACA